CUAGUGGGAGCAGAAGGAGGGGUUUUUUUUCCCCAUCAAAACACCACCUCAUGUUUAUUCUUCCAGAAAGCGGCGAGGUUACGCCUGUUAACUUCCGCUAGUGCGGUGAGCUGCGAAACAAAGAAAAACAAGCGUCUGGCAGUUCUCUCUCUGUGUUUUUUAAAAAGAGGCUGCCUCACCGUCCCCCCUCCGCCGUGUGGAGAAAAAAAAGUGGGCCGCUCCGCAGCGCGCGCUGGCUCCCGCGUCCGCCGGGGAGGGGCGGGAGUCGCGUAAACGGAGACCCUCGGGGGGGGGCGGUUUUGGAGGGCCAGCGGAGCCCCUCGCUCGCUCGCUCCCUUUCUUUCUCUGCCUGGCCCCUGGCGCUGAGGCGGCCGCCCCUGCCGGGCUCCCACUCCCCCCUUGUUCCUCUCCCAGCUCGGCGGUCCCCUCACUCACUCACCCACCCGCCAUGGCGAAGGAGGAGGACAAGGAAGAGGACGGGGAGCUGAAGGUCCCUGAGGAGAUGUUCAGAGAGGUCAAGUUCUUCGUGGUGGGAGACAUUGACCCCAAGGUUAUUCAGCUUCUAGAAGAUGGCAAGGCAAAGGAGGUUUCUUAUAAUGCUCUGGCAUCGCACAUAAUUUCAGAAGAUGGGGACAAUCCAGAAGUUGGUGAAUCUCGUGAAGUGUUUGAUCUUCCAGUUGUAAAACCUUCUUGGGUGACUUUAUCAGUUCGAUGUGGAGCUCUUCUGCCAGUGAAUGGUUUCUCCCCAGAAUCUUGUCAGAUUUUUUUUGGAGUUGCUGCUUGUUUAUCUCAGGUUUCCUCGGAGGACCGGAGUACGCUGUGGGCUUUGAUUACAUUUUAUGGUGGAGAUUGCAGGCUCAGUCUCAAUAAAAAAUGUACACAUUUGAUUGUGCCAGAACCGAAAGGGGAAAAAUACGAAUGUGCUUGUAAGAGAGAAAAGAUAAAAAUUGUGACGCCUGAUUGGAUUCUGGAUUCUAUAUCUGAUAAAACUAGAAAAGAUGAGAUUUCCUAUCAUCCUAGAUUAAUUGUAUAUGAGGAAGAAGAGGAGGAGGAGGAGGAAGAGGACAAUGAAGAACAGGAUUCACAAAAUGAUGUUAGCACGGAUGAAAAGUUGUCAAGUCCACCAUCUUCACGAGAAGGAUCACCAUUAGGUGAUCAAGCCUUUUCACCUAAAUCCGUCACUGUGGACAAAACAAAAGGAGAACUGAUGUUUGAUGAUUCCUCAGACUCUUCUCCUGAAAAGCAUGAAAGAAAUUUGAACUGGACCCCUGCUGAAGUUCCCCAGGCUGCUACGGCAAAGCAUAGAUUGCCAUCUGGCAAGGAUUCAGGAUUGAUCAAUUUGUGUGCCAAUGUCCCUCCUGUUCCAGGCAAUAUUUUAUCGCCUGACAGCAGAAGUAAUAUAAUGACUUCAGUACAGAAUCCCCAAAGUUCUGGACAUCCUGAAAUGAUGGCAUCGUGGAGCCCUGCAGUACGGACACUAAGAAAUAUUACUAAUAAUGCUGAUAUUCAGCAGGUUAGCAGGCCAUCAAAUGUAGCACAUAUCCUGCAGUCACUUUCAGCACCCACAAAAUCUUUGGAGCAGCAGGUAAAUCACAGCCAACAGCAGGGACAUUCAAAUGCUGUCUUGCUUAGCCAAGUUAAAUUGGCUCCAGAAACACACUUGCUACAACAACAACAACAGCUGCAACAGCAGCACCAGCCUCAACAGCCACAACAGCAGCAGCAGCCACAGCAGCAGCAUCGUCCUCUUCUGCAUCUUCAGCCCCAGCAUUUGCAGUUGCAGCCACAGCAGCCACAGCCACCUCCGCAGUAUUUGGAGAUUACGCAGCAGCCUUUCUCACAGCAGCCUCAUCAGUUUCCGCAACAGCAACAAGUUCAUCCCCACCAGUUUCCCCAGCAACAUUUGCAAUUUCCUCCCCAACAGAUACAUUCCCAACAGCAAAUGCAUCGCCCACAGCAGCAGUUGCAGUUUCAGCAGCAACAUGCCUUGCAGCAGCAGUUGCAUCAGCUGCAGCAGCAGCAGUUGCAUCAGCAACAGCUGCAACUGCAGCAACAAAACCUUCAGCAGCAACUGCAGCAACAGCAGCAGUUGCAACAGCAGCAGCAACUGCAGCAGCAGCAUUUACAACGAAUUCAGCAGCAACAACAAAUGCAGAAUCAAGCAUCACAGCAUUUAACUCAGACGCUGCAGCAUCAAGUUCCAGUUCAGCCACCGCAGCAUUCGCAGCAUCCGCAGCAGCAACUUCAGCCUCAUCAGUUGUUUGGACACGAUCCAUCUGUAGAAGUUCCAGAAGACUAUUUCUUACUAGGAUGUGUAUUUGCAAUUGCUGAUUAUCCUGAGCAGAUGUCUGAUAAACAGCUAUUGGCAACAUGGAAAAGGGUCAUCCAAUCACAUGGAGGUACAGUAGAUCCAACGCUCACGAAUCGAUGUACACAUCUUCUCUGUGAAAGUCAAGUCAGUAAUAUGUAUGCUCAGGCAUUACGAGAAAGAAAGAGAUGUAUCACAGCACAUUGGCUGAACUCUGUGCUGAAGAAGAAGAAAAUGGUGCCACCCCAUCGAGCUCUUCAUUUUCCAGUAGCAUUUCCACCAGGAGGGAAGCCAUGUUCUCAACAUAUAAUCUCAGUCACGGGUUUUGUUGAUAGUGACAGAGAUGAUCUCAAGCUGAUGGCCUACCUAGCCGGUGCAAAGUAUACAGGCUACCUCUGUCGCAGCAACUCGGUUCUCAUCUGUAAAGAGCCUACUGGCUUAAAAUAUGAGAAAGCCAAAGAGUGGAGAAUAGCAUGUGUGAAUGCACAGUGGCUUUGUGAUAUAUUACUUGGGAGAUUUGAAGCACUGCGGCAAAUGCAACACAAUCGAUAUACAGUAUUCAAUCUUCCAGAACCUCUUGCUCCCAGUCAGCAUCUAGUUCUAAACCUUCUUGAUGCAUGGAGAGUGCCAUUAAAGGUGUCACCAGAACUUCUAAUGCAACUCUACCUCAAUUUAAUUGAAGACUUGCCAGUGCCUACUAAAAAGCUGUCACCAGAAUUGACACCAGUGGUGCUUUUCACAGGAUUUGAGCCUGCACAAGUGCAUCAGUACAUCAAGAAACUCUACAUUCUUGGAGGCGAAGUGGCAGAAUCUGCACAGAAGUGCACUCACCUAAUAGCUAGUAAAGUGACCCGUACUGUAAAAUUCUUAACAGCAAUUUCGGUUGUAAAGCAUAUAAUAACCCCGGACUGGCUAGAAGAGUGUUUUAAAUGUCAGAAGUUUAUAGAAGAGCAAAGCUACAUACUCAGAGAUGCAGAAGCUGAAGUUCUUUUCUGUUUCAGCUUAGAAGAAUCUCUAAAAAGAGCACAAAUGGCACCACUAUUUAAGGGGAAAUACUUCUAUAUUACACCUGGAAUUUGUCCUAGUCUUUCCACCAUGAAAUCUAUUGUGGAAUGUGCAGGUGGAAAAGUACUGUCCAAACAGCCUUCUUUUCGCAAACUCAUGGAACAUAAACAAAAUAAGAGUUUGACGGAGAUUAUUAUCAUCUCUUGUGAAAACGAUCUUCACUUAUGUCGAGAAUAUUUUGCCAGAGGCAUAGAUGUCCACAAUGCAGAGUUUAUUUUAACUGGUGUUCUCACUCAAACACUGGAUUAUGAAUCAUAUAAAUUCACUUGACAAGGAAACAAAAUGCCUUACUGCUUCAAACUUCUUGAAGCAUUUCCUCAAGUUUUCCAGCCUGUGGAUCAAUCAGUACUUCAUUGAGUUCUUAUUUUCCACUUGUUUUUUCCCUGAAGGACAGUGAACAGUGCAAGGCCGGAGAGCAAACAUUUACUGCAUCUGUUUAAGAUGUGCAACCUUUUAUUAUCAAGACAUAAUUAAUUAUGUUUUUGUAUUAUACUAUUAACGAGAGAGAGCUUACUUUUUUAUACCGUGAAUUAGUUUUCCCGAUUUUUUUAGGUUUUAACAACUGGUGGUACUCAAACAGAAUCGAAAUGUAAAGAUAAAAGGGCUUGUGGUAUGUUUUAAAUUAUGGAGGUAAAUAUUUUGUACUUUAUUUUAUUAUGAUGUUUCUUUUAUAUUAAUACUAUCCCAGUUUUUAAAUAAACAUACUUCUAAAAUAUCUUUCUUUAAAAUUUAGCAGUGGUUCUUUUUAAAUAAAAUACUGUGCAAUUGUGGCACUCUCUGGUAAGAGUAAAUUACUCUAAUUAUUCUUCCAAAUGCUGUAAGAUAUAUCUUCCACUUAAUUUGAUCAGGUCUGUUUUAAUAUUGAAAGCCACAUAUUUUAAGCAGGAUUCAAUGUUACUGUUAUGUGUGUUUCUACUGAAUUUAGUUUGAACUCAUUCAUAUUCUGCUAAAAGUUCUCUUGUCAUUUUAAUGAAAUAAAUAUGCAAAAGUGAAUUCAGGGAUGUAGUUGUUUCAUCCAAGGUGAACUGCUCUUGAACAAUGCUAAUCUGUUUGUUUAUAAGCUGAGUGUUUGUUAUUUUUUAAAAAUACAUUGUUUCAGCAGGAACAUAGGGAAAUGAAGUUAGGUAAUAUGUGCCGGCUUGGCUGUAUAUGAUUCCUAUUUGCAAGUGAUAAAAAUUGCUUAAAUUCUAAAUUUAAGUUCUAAAGUUAUUCUUUCCUUAGAUUGUCUUUAGACCUGACAGCAAAUCUUGGUUGAUGUGGUUUUGGAGAUUAUGAUAAUUUAGGCUUCACAGAAUUCUUGAUAACUUGCAUAAGCAGAAAUGACCCAGCUUGUUAUCUCAUUUAACAGCAUGCCAUUGUUUUUCUGUGCCAGUUUUUGUUGUCCGUCUCUCUUUUUUGAAAGUGAAGGGCUGCCUAUGGCAAAAAGGAUGUGAUUCACUUGGAGAAGCUGCAGGUACACAGCCUGGUUGUUUAAUGUUAGUUAUGACACUUGAGUGCUACUCACUGAUUGUUUGCUAUGCACCUUUGAAGACUGCACUAACUGCUACCGUUGAAAUUGUACAUUUUUUAUGUACUGAAAAAUACAUGCUUAAACCAG